GUUCAUCAAGCCCCUGCAACAUGUCCAUCAACAUGAUCCCCAUCUUUUUAUUGCUCUCCCGCUCGGUUCUCUUCUUCAGGUUUCAGUUGAUCCAUAAGACUCGGCAGCAUUCACCGGCAACAAUGCAAAUGCUUCUUGAGCGCUGAACAAGGCCCCGUGGAGCUCCUGAAUGGAGAAGGCAUGCAAAGGCAAAUGCUUCUUGAAUGGCAAAGGAAAGUGCUUCUUGAAAUGCCGAACAAAGGCUUGUGGGUGGGUACCGCUGCCGUGCUGUGGCUUCAUUUCCACCACUCAAAUACUCAAUCUUCUGACAAAGUAGGCGAACAAGUCAAGGUCCGUCGCCCGCAACGACGUUGGUGUAUUGCCCGUCCAACGGAUAUCUUGCAACGUUAGUCCUCCAGCCGCCAGAUAGCCACUAGAAUCAAUCAAGCAACUCGAUCGCCCGUCCACCAUGGCUGUCGUCGUCGACGACGACGGGCUCACCCGCGGCGGCGGUCGCCGGCGCAUCGUGCUGUUCCCGCUGCCGUUCCAGGGCCACAUCAGCCCGAUGCUGCAGCUGGCCGACGUGCUCCACCGCCGCGGCCAUCUCGCGGUCACCGUCCUCCACACGGCCCGCAACGCGCCGGACCCGGCCGCCCGCCCGGACGGAUUCGACUUCGUGCCCGUGCCCGACGGCAUGCCGGCCGCCGUGGCCGCGUCCGACGACCCCCUGGAGAAGAUCCUCGCCAUGAACGCCGCCAUGGACACCUCCGGGUGCGUCCGCGACGCGCUCGCUUCGAUUCUCCUCUCCGCAACAGAGGAGCAGCAGCCUGUGUCGUGCCUUAUCAUGGACACGGCCCUCCCCGCGGCGCAGAAGGCGGCGGCGGCGCUGGGCCUGCCGACCGUCGUGCUGCACACCGUCAGCGCCGCCUCCACCCGCCUCUACAGGUCCUACGCCAUGCUCCACGACAAAGGCUACCUGCCCGCCCAAGAGCAGGAGCUUAACCGGCCGGUGAAGGAGCUGCCGCCGCUGCGGGUGUCGGACCUGUUCGACCCGAGCAAACACCCCGACCAAGAAUCGGCGAACAAGAUCCUGGACGGGAACUUCAGAACCACAUCGAACUCCGCGGGGGUCGUGAUCAACACGUUCGAGGCCCUGGAAACCCCGGAGCUGGCGGCGCUGCGAGCCGAGCUCGGCAGUACAGGCACUAGCACAAAAGUCUUCGCCAUCGGCCCGCUGCACGAGCUCUCCGCCAUCGACGCCGCGGCGAGCAGCCUGCAGGAGCAGGACGGGAGCUGCAUCUCCUGGCUAGACACCCAGGCGCCCGGGUCCGUGCUCUACGCGAGCUUGGGGAGCGUGAUCCCCGUGCAGAAGGACGAGUUCGCGGAGGUCGCGUGGGGGCUGGCGGGCAGCGGGGUGCCGUUCCUGUGGGUGGUCCGGCGAGGCCUCGUGGCCGGCGGCGGCGAAUCAGAUCCGGAUCUGCCCGACGGGUUCGAGCGCGCCGUGGAGGGGAGAGGGAAGGUGGUCCGGUGGGCGCCGCAGCGGGAGGCGCUGGCGCACGGGGCCGUGGGCGGGUUCUGGACGCACAGCGGCUGGAACUCGACGCUGGAGAGCGUCCAUGAGGGCGUGCCGAUGCUUUGCAGGCCGCUGUUCGGAGACCAGCCGGUGAACGCGAGGUACGUGGGGGAGGCAUGGAAGAAUGGGGUUCUGCUGAUGGAGGGCGAGAAGAAGCUUGAGAGGGGCAAGAUUGCGCAGGCGAUUAGGGCGUUCAUGGAUCCCGGGGAGAAGGGAGAUGAGAUGAGGGAGAGGGCGGAGGAGCUGAGGAGACAGUCGGCGGCGUGCUUGGAACCCGGCGGAGGGUCGACUUGCCGGGCUGUGGAUGAAUUGGUUGACCACAUACUGUCUCUUUGAACUUCUUUUUCUGUACUUCUCUGAACCUCGUACGAACAGAAGGAACUUGUUUUCUCUGAAGAAAUCUGUGUCUGUCUGUAACUUGGCAACCGUGUAUAUGUGGGUAUUUUGUGCACGUUUUUUUCUUUGAGAAAAAACAAAACAUCGUAUCUUAGCAGCUCA